AUGAGAGGGAAGAAAGGCAGGAGCUGCGCUGUUGAUCUUCUUGAGCCGGAUCUUGGAGAGCGUUCCAGACUCCAGCAGAUACACCUUAGUGCAUUGAUCUACAGCCGUGUUGUUGAGCAGAAGUCCGGUACGGCCGUUGGGCCGAUCGCCCCAGGGCCCCACCACCAUGCUACUGGUCCUGGGGCGACCGGACCCUGCUGCGUUUGCGAGUGUUGCUUAAAACCUUUUCUUUUCUUGUAUAAGCUGGAGAUUUUCAGACAUCGGGAGCUGCAGCUGGAUUGGUGCCCGGCUCGGCGCGAGCGGCCCGGUCCCAUGGUCCGGAUGGUAGUAAGUGUUGGCCCGUUUUGUAGGGAAGAAUGUGAUGCAAGUGAUGCAAGUUCCUACCUUGAGUUGGAGUAUGGUUACGGGUCAGCAGUCGCCGCCGCGUGGCAGCCGGCGCCGGCAGCCGUUCGGCACGGGGACGGCUCGUCCUGUGGCGCCCCGGAUGUGCGGAUGCCGGUCCCGCUCAGCAAGGUGUUCAGAUGUUCAGAUGCCGCCCCGCUCAGUAAGGUGUUCGGAUGCGGGCCCGGCUCGGCUUGGUGUUGGGAUGCUGGUCCGAGGUUGGAGUGCGGUUGUGGAUCAGCAGACGCGGCGGCAGGAAGGCCGACUCUGGCAGUCUCUCGAGUUGGGGAUGACUCGAAUUGUCGCGCCGUGGGGCAGGGUAGUGUUCGGCGGCAGGAUUGUGUCCUUGAAGAUGUUAUAGCACCUGCCCGGCUCAGCCAGAUGUAUGGAUGCCGGCCCCGCUCAGCAAGGUGUACAGUUGUUCAAUUGUUCAGAUGUUCAGAUGCCGCCCCGCUCAGCAAGGUGUUCGGAUGCGGGCCCGGCUCUGUAUGGUGUUGGUGUUGGGGUGUACCGAUGUUCAGUUGUUCAGGUGUUCAGAUGCCGCCCCGCUCAGCAAGCAGACGCAGCGGCAGGAAGGCCGGCUCUGGCAGUCGUUUGACUUGGGGGGGUGCCGGCCCCGCUCAGCAAGAUGUACAAAUGUUCCGAUGUUCAGAUGUUCCGAUGUUCCGAUGCCGCCCCGCUCAGCAAGGUGUUCAAUGCGGGCCCGGCUUGGCGUGGUGUUGGGAUGUCGGGAAGGAGCAAACGCGGGCCCGUGCUCUCCGUGAUACUUCCCAGGCAAGAUAA